CUCCUCCUGCAUUCACAUAUCAACAGACUUCAAACCGCGCAGAAGAAGUCUUUAAACUGCUGCUGAGGGACCCAAGAAUAUUAUUUUCACGCGUUUAUUGUUUUAUUUAGUGAAUUAAAUCAUGGCGUCAACAAAAGAGAUUUUAGAGAUGGAUCUUUACGCUUUAUUGGGGAUUGAAUCGACCGCGACAGAGAAACAGAUCAAGAAAGCGUACCGACAGAAAGCUCUGUCCUGCCAUCCUGAUAAAAACCCUGACAAUCCCAAAGCUGCGGAGCUCUUCCACCAGCUGUCUCAGGCUCUGGAGGUUUUGACAGACGCCGCUGCUAAGGCUGCUUACGACAAGGUCCGUGCUGCUAAAAAACAAGCCGAGGAGAGAAACAGAAAGCUAGAUGACAAGAGGAAGAAGAUUAAACUCGAUUUGGAGGCGCGUGAGCGACAGGCAGAGAAUGUGAAAGCAGAUGAUGUUAAAAUCACCCGCACGUUAGAAGAGGAGAUCGCCCGUCUGAGGGAGGAGGGAUCACGAGAGCUACAGGAACAACAGAGACUCAUACGAGAGCAGAUCCAGAGAGAGAGAGACAUGAACACAGGCACGGACUCUUCAGCAGUACAUCAGGGUAACCGCAACGUGACUCCUAAAUUAAAGCUGAAGUGGAAGUGUAAAAAAGACGACGCCAGCAACGCCGGCUAUUCUCACGAAUUCCUUCAAAGCCUCUUCCAAAAGUAUGGAGACGUCUUGAACAUUCUGAUAUCCAGUAAGAAGAAAGGCAGUGCCGUGGUUGAGUUUGCAUCAGCAAAAGCAGCUGACCUGGCGUUUAAAAACGAGACCGGCCUGACCGGAAACUCUCUGAAAAUCACAUGGUUGGAAGGACAACCGGCCCCGACGUCACACGACACCGCACAACAGAGUUGUCUGCGCAGCGAGCGUGAUUACGAGAGCGUGGUGCUGAUGAGACUCAGACAGGCUGAAGAGAGGAAGAGGCUGAUCGAGGAGAUGAAGAGGAAGGAGGAAGAGGACGAGAUGGCGUGACUCACUUCAGUCGCAGCAUUUUACCUGAUUUAAACUCCCACUGAUCAAUAAAGCCUUUUGAUUUUUAUAGUGCUUUUCUGGCAAGUCCAGUCGUAUUUAUUUCUGUUUUCAGAUCAAUUCAGUUCAGAUCAGCUGUCAAUGUUGUAAAGUUCAUCAAUUAUGAAAUGAGUUCAGUUUAGCUCUAUGAAAGACAAUAGUGUCAUUCUAUUAAAGUGAAGAAGUGCGGGAAUGAAAACUCUGUUUUUAGUGUUGAAUCCUCCCGGUCAAAUCAAGACUCUGGAUUGAGUCAAUGCAGAACGACAUUGUUUGGAUAAACAGAUGAAUAUUAUUAUGAUUUGUGAAAUAUUUUGCAUUUGAAGUGUGAUUGUUUCUUUAAAAUAAAUAUUUUUUAUCGGUU